AAUGAGAAUUCACUGAUCCGAUCAACAAAUUAUUCGCCAGAUCUUUUGGGCUGUGCCAAACAUCGACAACGGACACAUCUCCCUCGACCAACCCUCGAAGCAUUAGCUUGCUUCACCUCCACCCUCCUCUGCUCCCAUCACGUCCUCCUCCACAAUGGCAUCCCAACCCUCUCAGCAAUUCGCAUUCCGUGCUCAAAAAUCCCUCGGCCUCGUUGGUGGCUCGCCCGAGUAUCUCCCCAUCUCCAACUUUCAAGGCCCAGAUGUUCCCGCGCGGAUGUAUCACUACAGUGCUGAUGGACGGCUGUACGCUUAUGCCUUGCCUGACGUGGUGCGGAUAUUCCAGGCAGAGGGCGCGCAGCUUCUCCAGGAGCUUCCUAUCUCACAAAUUCUGGACCUCAAGUUCUCGCCCCGCGGGACUUAUCUCUCCACAUGGGAACGCCCUGUCAAGCUUGAAGACGGCGCGCAGCACAAAAACCUUCGCGUGUUCUCUUGCUCAACUGGAGAAGAGCUGGUUUCCUUUAGUCAAAAGGGCCAAGAAGGCUGGGAUCUGCAAUACACGAUCUCUGAAUCGCAUGCCAUUCGUCUCGUUGGGCAGGAGAUCCAGGUCUUCCGACCUGCCGAAUGGUCCAGGGGAGUCGUGGACAAGCUGAAGGUUGAAGGAGCGAGCAGUGUCUCCUUGAGCCCGGGCUUGAAUCCUUCCGUCGCAGUGUUCAUCGCUGAGAAGAAGGGUCAACCAGCUAGCAUCAAAAUAUACGGAUUGCUCACGCUCAACAGCCCGCCUACAUGCCAGAAAACAUUCUUCAAGGCUGACCGCGGCACGAUCAAAUGGAACGAUUUGGGGACACAGGUGCUAUUGUUGACCCAGACGGAGGUGGAUAACUCGAACAAGAGUUACUACGGAGAAACGGGGUUGUAUCUGCUGAGCGCAGCUGGAAACUUCGAUUGCCGCGUGACGCUGGAUAAGCAGGGGCCCAUCCACGACUUUGUGUGGAAUCCGACCUCGAAAGAGUUCGGUGUCGUCUAUGGAUUUAUGCCGGCCAAGACCAUGCUCUUCGAUCAACGAGUCCGGUCCAUACAUGACUUCGGGACCUCGCCCACCAACUUUAUAUCCUUCAAUCAGCAAGGGCGUCUAAUCGCGCUGGCGGGUUUCGGUAACCUGGCGGGCAAGAUGGACAUCUGGGACCGGCGCACGCUGACUAAAGUGUGCACCAUCGAUGCCCCCAACACUUCGUAUUGCGACUGGUCGCCCGACGGCCGUUUCCUCAUGACAGCCACUUUAUCGCCCCGGCUUCGUGUCGACAACGGAAUCAAGAUCUACCAUUGCACGGGACCUCUGAUGCACGUGCAGCUCGUGGAGGAGCUCUACCAGGCGUCCUGGCGGCCGACCCCCGUCGACAAGGUCGCAGCGUUCCCAAUGAACCUGCCGCCAGCGCCGGCUGCCAGUGCCAGUGUGCAGCAGCACGCGGCCAUCGCCAAGCCGACGCCGACACGGCCGGCCGGGGCCUACCGGCCACCCGGUGCGCGUGGUCUGGCGACGCCGGCGAUCUUCAAGCGCGAAGACGAAGGCGGCGCGGCUCGGGUGCCGACGAAUGGGACCAACUCGCCUUCGCGCUCGUUCAACCGCAGCCCCGCUCCACCGGGCAACGGAUUCCAGAACGGGUCGUACAACUCGCCCGGCCAAAACGGCGCGGCGCGGCGCCACGUCCCGGGCGCAGCCUCGCCGCAGCAUUCGCCGAGCCCAGGUCCGGAGGGGGAGACGAAGAAGAACAGGAAGCGUAAAGGCAAGAAGGAGGCUGUGGACGACCAGCAGCAGCAGCAGCCGGCGGCCGGCGCUGCAGCUGGGCAUGGCAGCAACGGGAACCAGAAACGGAAGGGCAAGGCUGCGGAGGAGGCGCCGCCUGCUGAGGUCGAGGCGAACGGCAAGCCCAACGGCAACGGAUCGCUGUUCAUCCCGCCGCCGGGGCUCGUCGUCGACGCUGACGUGCCACCGACACCAGGACUCGACAGUGCCCUGGAUCCCAUUGCCAAGAAGGCCCGCAAUCUGAACAAGAAGCUCAAGGCGAUUGAUGAGCUGAAGGAAAAGUCGAAGCGCGGCGAGCGGCUGGAGGCCACGCAGCUCAAGAAGAUCGAGGGCGAAGCAGAGAUACGGAAAGAGCUCGCUGCUCUCGGGUUAUAACCGGGGUAACCAGCAGCCUGUCGGUCACGUAGCUUUGUUUUCUGCUCUUUGUUGUCUUAUAUUCACUCGUCCCGAUUCAUGGCAUUAUUUAGAGAACACGCUAGCAUUGGCGUGCGA